UGUCCUCACACUCACUCAUCACACUCCACCUCCACCACCCCCAUCCAUCCAUCCAUCAGAGAAGAGAGAGAGAGACAGAGAGAGAGGAGCCAUGGCCAAGGAGGUGAGCGAGGAGCCGGAGCACGCCGCGCCGGCGCACAAGGACUACUCCGACCCGCCGCCGGCGCCGCUCUUCGACAUGGGGGAGCUCCGGAUGUGGUCCUUCUACCGGGCCAUCAUCGCCGAGUUCGUCGCCACGCUGCUCUUCCUCUACAUCACCGUCGCCACCGUCAUCGGCUACAAGGUGCAGUCGGCGGCCGACCCGUGCGGCGGCGUCGGCGUGCUCGGCAUCGCCUGGGCCUUCGGCGGCAUGAUCUUCGUCCUCGUCUACUGCACCGCCGGCAUCUCGGGCGGCCACAUCAACCCGGCCGUCACCUUCGGGCUCCUCCUGGCGCGCAAGGUGUCGCUGCUACGCGCGGUGAUGUACAUCGUGGCGCAGUGCGCGGGCGGCAUCGUGGGCGCCGGCAUCGUCAAGGGCAUCAUGAAGGACGCGUACCAGGCCAACGGCGGCGGCGCCAACAUGGUGGCCUCCGGCUUCUCCCGCGGCACCGCGCUGGGGGCGGAGAUCGUCGGCACCUUCGUGCUCGUCUACACCGUCUUCUCCGCCACCGACCCCAAGCGCAGCGCCCGCGACUCGCACGUCCCCGUGCUGGCGCCGCUCCCCAUCGGGUUCGCGGUCUUCAUGGUGCACCUCGCCACCAUCCCCAUCACCGGCACCGGCAUCAACCCCGCCAGGAGCCUCGGCGCCGCCGUCAUCUACAACAAGAAGGCCGCAUGGGACAACCACUGGAUCUUCUGGGUCGGCCCGUUCGUGGGAGCGCUGGCGGCGGCGGCGUACCACCAGUACAUCCUCCGGGCGGCGGCCAUCAAGGCGCUCGGCUCCUUCCGGAGCAGCCGGAGCAACUGAGCCGGCCGGCCAAUAAUUUAAUGCAACCGUCACCCACCGCGCUAGCCAGCCACACAAGCUAGCGUGUCCAUCCGGCCUCGUCGUUCAGUGUCUGUGCAUGCAUGUGAGUGAGAGAAAGGCCAGCAUGCGUGAUUCGUGGGUCGCGUUUGCACCCUUCAAUUAUUACUCCCUGUCACCGUUAAUGUUGUCGAAUUAUAUUAGUUACCGUUAGUGUUGGUGUUGAUGGAUGAUGAACCUGUAAUGUAAAACCGCUGUGAGUGACAACUGCUGCAAUUUGGAACAUGGGUUAAUUUAUUGUGA